AUGUCACAUAAUCAAUUAGUUCUCUUAGAUGCUAUUGAAAAAGGGCACACUUCAAUCGUACUUAAACUUCUACGAAAUCAUGUUGAUUUAAAUAUUAAAGAUAUUUAUGGCAGAACACCAUUAAUGAUUGCAGCUAAAAAUGGUCGAAAUGAUAUUGUCAAAAUUUUAUUAGAACAUAUAGAAACAAACAAUAUUGAAGUUGAUCAAGGUGGAAAGACAGCAUUACAUUAUGCAGCUGAAAAUUUAGAAUUAUCUGUAGUAAAAAUUCUGUCUAAACAUCAAGCAGCAUCUUUAAUCAUGACAACAACACAAACAAAACUUCUACCACUUGAUUAUGUUCUUGAUAAAGAUGAUAUUUAUCCAUCAUUGAAUAAAUAUACUCAAGGUGGGCAAGUGAGUGCUGGUGAAACGGAUAAUGAUGAUGAUAAUGUGCCAAAAGCUGGAAUUUAUACAAAAACGAAAAAGAAAGGUGGUGGUAAGAAGAAGAAAGGCGGCAAAAAAUCCGAUUCAAAAAAGAAAAAGAAAGGUGGAAAAAAGAAAAAAUAA